GAUGCUCAAUUCUUCCAACACGCUCCUAUGGCCACCACUUCUCCUUCCUCUUCUCCUCCCCAUUAAUCAUCUCAUCCUCUUUCUUCUUCGUGCUUCUGUACUCGCCACCCCCUGGUUUUUCCUUCUGCCACUCCAUGUCUCAAUCUUCUCCUUUCUUUUCCAUUGCACGUGCACAUGCUGGAGCAGGGGGGCGAGCUGCGGCUGCCGCUCUCCUGCUCCAUCGCCCUGCCGCCCAGCUGCCACCUAGCAUUCACUGUCCGAGGCGCCUCCCUCUGGUCAAAGUGUCAUCUGCCAAGACAGUGAGCUCACGCCUGGGGCUUCCGCGCGCCACACUAUCCUCAUUUGCAAAUGCUGACGAUGGCUCCAGCGCAAAACCAGAUUCCUCGGAUGAGCAGAACGGGGGAUCCGAGCUGUCAGAGAUGGCAAAGGCAUUCCAUAUUUCACCACGGAUGGCGAUUUCAAUAUCCGUGGUGAUUGCAUUUGCAGCUCUGACCGUGCCACUGGCGAUGCGCUCGCUGAUCUUUCAUGGGACGACCAAAAUGAAGGUGUUGGCAUACCUGACCCUGUUGUCAGGAUUCUACAUGGCAUGGAAUAUCGGAGCGAAUGAUGUGGCAAACGCCAUGGGGACGUCAGUAGGAUCUGGAGCUUUGACACUCCGACAGGCAGUGUUGACUGCAGCUGUGCUAGAGUUCUCUGGUGCGUUCCUUAUGGGUACCCAUGUCACCAGCACCAUGCAGAAGGGCAUCCUCGUCACGUCUGUCUUCCAAGGAAAUGAUCCUCUGCUCUUCGCUGGAUUACUGUCCUCCCUUGCUGCUGCAGGUACAUGGUUGCAGGUUGCUUCCUCUUACGGCUGGCCUGUGUCAACUACACAUUGUAUUGUUGGUGCCAUGGUUGGUUUUGGACUGGUAUAUGGAGGGGUCAAUGCAGUUUUCUGGAGUUCCUUGGCUAGAGUAUCUUCAUCCUGGGUUAUUUCUCCACUGAUGGGUGCUGCGGUCUCAUUUCUUGUUUACAAGUGCAUACGCAGGUUCGUAUACAGCGCACCAAAUCCAGGCCAGGCUGCAGCUGCUUCUGCUCCAAUUGCAGUUUUUACUGGUGUCACUGCAAUCUCGUUUGCCGCUUUCCCUCUCAGCAAGAUACUUCACAUUGCAGUGCUGCAAGCAUUAGCUUGUGGGGCAAUAGGAGCCAUCUUUGUUAGCAGGGCAAUAAAAAAACAGCUUGGUGACCUGCUUUCUUCAGAAGCAGAAAAGAUCGCAUCUGCUGACAAUACAGAUGUUCAGCAAGGUGGAUUUGACGUUGCUGGUCCUAGAGGAGCUCAAUUGCAGAUUGUCUAUGGCGUAUUUGGCUACAUGCAGGUCCUGUCAGCAUGCUUCAUGUCAUUCGCUCAUGGAGGCAAUGAUGUCUCCAAUGCCAUAGGGCCUCUGGCAGCAGCUUUGUCCCUUCUUCAGGGCGUAGCAAGCAGCGCUGAGAUAGUCAUACCGACCGAAGUCCUUGCUUGGGGUGGUUUUGGAAUUGUCGCAGGGCUUACAAUGUGGGGUUAUAGAGUGAUAGCAACAAUUGGCAAGAAAAUCACUGAAUUAACACCCACAAGGGGGUUUGCAGCAGAGUUUGCGGCGGCUUCUGUGGUCUUGUUUGCAUCUAAGCUUGGGUUGCCAAUAUCUGCUACACAUACACUUGUUGGUGCAGUGAUGGGUGUGGGAUUUGCAAGAGGGCUCAACAGAGUCAGAUCAGAGACAGUGCGGGAAAUUGUGGUCUCAUGGUUGAUCACAAUUCCAGUUGGUGCUUUGCUAUCAGUCUUCUAUACAUUGAUCUUGACCAAGAUUCUGAAAUACUUUAUGUGAGUACUUUGUGAGAUAAUUGCUGUUUUGAGAGGUACAGCCUGUUGUCCCUAAAUUUUUAUUAUGAAAAAGACAUACAACAGUGAAUAGAUGAGCCCGUCUGAAAGUUUCCAGCAGAAAACUUGAAAAGAUUUGUCAGAGAAAAUAAUCAUUUUCCUGGCAACAAAACACAUGAUUAGGAGAAAGGGUCUUUGGUAAAUAAUCAUAUUACAGACUCCCAGCUUUUUUGUC